AUGUGUACCCUUCCAUCUGUCGGUGUGUGUGUGUGUGUGUGUGUCCGCAUCACUUUCUGCAGCUCCCGCCUCGGGGAGGAAGGGAAGGGAAGGGAAGAAUGCCUUGCCUCCUCCAUCGCUAAGGUUGGAUGCAUUGUACGUGUGAACUAUGUGUUGCAUCUAAAGAAGAAUGAAUUUUACACCCCUUUUUUAUAUUUGUUUGUGUGGGUCGUAGAUUGCACUCCCACACAUCGUUUCACUUUGUUGUAUUUGAUAUUUGCUUUUCCACCGUUCUUUUUUUUCUUUAUUUUUUUUUUUUUUUUUGUAAUGUUUGCCUCCCACACGUCGACAUGCACGCUGAAAGUGCACUACGCGGAGGAUCAACGCAAUUUUCGAUUAGCGUUUGGCUUUUGUGCUUCUUCAAUUCAACAAUUACUUGCCGACACUUCACUGCAGAUGAUGCUGGAGAACGAAUCGCACGGUCACAUUGAACUCAUCAUUGGCCCCAUGUUUGCGGGGAAGACGACGGAGUUGAUGCGCCGCGUUCGACGCGAGUUGUUUGCGAGGCGCUCGUGUUAUGUCAUCAAACACUCCCGUGAUGCGCGCUACAGCCGCGAGAGCGUGUCGUCGCACGACAAGCUGCUGCUGGGCGCCACGGCGGCCGUUGCGGAGUUGCGCGAGGUUGGCGAUGCGUGGUGCCCGUACGAUGUCGUGGCGGUGGAUGAGGGCCAGUUCUUCCCUGACAUCGUUGCUUUCUGCAACACCGCCGCCGACGCCGGGAAGACCGUCAUUGUCUCCGCGCUUGAUGGCGAUUACCGCAGGCAGCCGUUUGAUGGCAUUUGCCGCCUCAUCCCGCUCGCGGAGUCCGUAAAGAAACUCACUGCGGUCUGCAUGGAGUGCCACUGCCGCUCCGCUUCCUUCACGUACCGCACCGUCUCCUCCGAAAAGCGGGAGCUCAUUGGCGGUGCUGACAUGUAUAUUGCCGCCUGCCGGACGUGCUUUGUCACCAAGUCGAAGAAAAGGGCGGAACUGGAGGCGAAGGGCUCGGUGCAGACACCGGACAAAUGCUCCGACACCCCCGCUGCGGAGAAGCAGAAGGGCGAGCAACGCGAAGCAGAGGAGGACCCCAUCACACCCCCGACAACAAUCGCAGCAGCGGAACCCCCACUUUCCGCGAGUGCCGUCCGCAAGCGGCCCGUCGGUGUGGAUGGAAAUGUCCCUACCGAUGCUGAACGCUGCACAUCAAAGGCACGGCUGGAGUGUCACUAA